UGGCAACCAAACGCACUUUUUUAAUUACUCCAGUGUCUGGACUUCGCAAACACGGUAAUAGUUUAAUAUUAGUGUUGAUAAAGUAUCGUAAGUAAGUCGCGUUGACAAGUAAUCGUUUAAUGUUCAAAAGAUGCACUGAACGAAGAGAAUGUCUUUCAAAACUACACAGUUGGAAAACAUUAAGUUCCCCAGGUUUAGGGAACAACAAAAGUCUAAAUACAUCAGGAAUCUAAAACAAAAGCAACAGUUAUCUGGAUCAUUACACAGUCACAGAUGGUGUUUUUUGUCACCAGGCCUGGAUGAUUUUAGAGAUCAUUACCCGACAGUCCAUAAAGUGCCAUUUACCCAGUGUAAAUGUGCUCUGUCCCCUGUGGUCUUCGGUAUGCUGAAUCAUGCAUGUUCAGUGAAGCUCCAGCAGAAGAAACUGAGUAAAAAUCAAAUGUGUUACUCAAAGCAGAAUUUCCAGAGUCACACUCAACGCGAGUUCAUCGAUGCCAUCGAGCACAAACUCAAGCAACACCCUAUGGCUCUGUAUCCACAUCUGGAGAGUGGGAUGACACCAGAGUUAUUUGAACAGGUUUUGUCUGUCCUGGAUCCUGAUAUGUGCAUGAAGGAAGAGUUGUCCAUAACCAAGAAAACAGAGAAACAUCUAGAAGAAAGGAGAGCAAAAUGUGAAAUCUCAACUCAGGAGAUUAUAAAACAAUCCACCGCUAUCAAACCCCCAAAGGAUAAAAGUAAAGACACCAGAGCAAGAAAUCCAUAUAAAUGGCAGGAACUCAAAGAAAGAGACAAAGAAAAUCAGAUGGAAUAUGCUAAACAAUCACAAGAAGACAAGCAAAUGUUUGUUAAGUUCUUCUGUGAAUGGAUUGCUUCACUGGGUGGUGAGACAAGUGAUCUGAGAGAGUCAACCAUCUUGGACCUUUUUAGGAGUGACUAUGAGAAGAAAACCACCUUGACUUUACCCAUUAGCAAAAGAGAUACUAACCAACCUCCAGGAAAAUGCCACAGUUCUGUAAAAGAACACUUAAAAGACUACUGCGUUGAGCUGACAGAGGCCUUUAAACCCAAAAUACUAAAGGCUGCUUAUGAUUCUCCAAAAGCUCUGGCAGAUGUCAAAAGGGAUCUAAACUUCGAUGCAAGCAAGCAGGAUAAGGAGCUGAAGCAGGUCCAUGGCAUUCAUGCAUUCAGAGAGUUUAUUGUCAACAAAGGAGUGAGAAUGCCAAGGGUAUUGUCAGAGAAUAUUAAGUUCACUCCAUAUCCAUCUUAAAAAUAGCUGGAUAUUUUAUGAUCCAUGAAGAUUAAAUAUUUUCAUAUUAUAAUUAAAUACUUUAUCAUCACAUAUAGAAAUAAUGAUAUUUAUCCAUGUUCCUGUGUAGUUUAUCAGUGCUCCUUUUUUCUGAAGAGGAACAUACAACGAUUAGAGGUUCCAAAUGGUCAAAAUCU